UCGCCCAAUCCGGCCUGGCAGCUUUCGGUGACGAUGGCACUGCAUAAGAAGUGGGGCGGUUCUCUCGCGUAGCCUUUCAGCGCCUUUGGAAGCUGCCAAAGCAACCCGGUUACACCAAGGCUCCAGGCCCGUUGGCCUGGAGCCUUUACAACCUAUCCAUGCCGAUCCUUAAAGAUAAUUACGCAACCCACAACCUCUAUCUACUGUUGCCUCAAUCGAGGCUUUCAACAAUUUGACCCGAUCGCUUUCUUGGACAGCCGCAACGAUGAACACGGCAGGGAUCGUCGUGCUCGUCAUCGCCCUGGCUGCCAUUGCCGGGAUUAUAGGGUGGAUUGUCUUUACCCGCAUACGAGCACAGCGACUGGGGCUUCCUCCACCUCCUCUAAAGUCCUAUAUCCCAUUCCUGAAGUCGUCCUCAUCAUACAGCGGCCCGUCGCCAGCCCCAGGCGGACCCGCCGGCUGGUUCAGCGACCGCAUGCGCAUGUUUCGCCACGGCCGUAACAAGCGCACCGCGGCUGGUGCGUACGAGGGGCAGUCCUACAACGCCGGCUACGCCAGCACCAGCCGCCACCGCGGCUUUGAGCACGACGACGACGAUCCGUGGGACUCGCGCGUGGGGCACGGCCCGGAUGAGCACAACCCGUACGAAGAGGAGCGCGAGAUGGGGCUGGUCUCCCGCGGUGGCCAGCCCGGCGGCGAAGGGUACGAGAUGAACUUGCCAGUUGGGCCGGACGAGGAGGAGAGAAGGGGAAGGACGAGGAGUCGGUCGCCUGGACCGGUUCCGGGAGCGGCUACCAAGGCAAACCCGUUUGGCGACGACGCCGAGCCAAGCAACAUCAGCUUGAGGGGGGUCAGUCCAAGGCCGAUGGACGCUUCGUUCGCCGCACGAAAGGCGGCUAGAGGGGAAGAGGACAGAAGAUCUGUCUUUCGGGAGGAGGUGUGAUGUCUCGUUUGGAAGGGUGCCUCUAUGAUUGUGUUUUACGCCUUGAUUUAGCCUUCUAUUUUGGGAUACUCGGGGAGAUACGCAACAGUCUGAGGCGUUUGGCUGCUUUCAUUCCUUUAUCAGCGCUUGUUCUCGAAAGAUAUUGAUGUCUUGACCGCACGAUCGCUGCAGACUCCACUCCAGCUGAU